UGAGUGACCAGAUGUAGGGAAGGAAUGGAAAAGAGCUAUGAGGAGAGAGAAGGGGAGGGUGUGGCACUUGCGGGUCCAUCCCACAGCACGCAGACAGCCAUGGUGAUUCAUCUCCAGCCAAGGCACAUUGCUCUCAGUUAAUGAUGGGGUCCUAGACUAACACACUGAACUAUGGACAUGUCUGCAUAGGGAGAAAAGGGGGCUUCCGUGUAAAUAUGAACGCCUCAGGUGAGCAGGCUUCUGUGCCAGGAGACACGGGUGGUAGAGCUUGGAGAUCACGUGUAAGCUCGCGUUAGUGGCUGAAGUCAGUGAGGAGCCAAGGCUUGGGCUGAGACGCUGGCCAGCGACCACGGCUGCCUUUCCUUACCAGUGUGGCUGACUUCCUUUUCUGGGUUUCUGUCUACCACAGAGUAUUGUACCCACCCCAGUGAAGAUCAGGCUGAUCGACAUGCUUUCCGAAGCAGGGCUCCCCGUGAUCGAGGCCACCAGCUUUGUCUCUCCCAAGUGGGUGCCGCAGAUGGCUGACCACUCUGACGUCUUGAAGGGCAUUCAGAAGUUUCCUGGCAUCAACUACCCAGUCCUGACUCCAAACAUGAAAGGCUUUGAGGAAGCGGUAGCUGCGGGUGCCAAGGAAGUGAGCAUCUUCGGUGCUGCGUCUGAGCUCUUCACCCGGAAGAACGUGAACUGCUCUAUAGAGGAGAGUUUCCAGCGCUUUGCUGGAGUCAUGCAGGCCGCCCAGGCCGCCAGCAUCCCUGUGAGAGGGUAUGUCUCCUGUGCCCUCGGAUGCCCCUACGAGGGGAAGGUCUCCCCGGCUAAAGUUGCUGAGGUUGCCAAGAAGUUGUACUCAAUGGGCUGCUAUGAGAUCUCCCUUGGGGACACCAUAGGCGUAGGCACCCCAGGACUCAUGAAAGACAUGCUGACUGCUGUCAUGCAUGAAGUGCCUGUGGCUGCAUUGGCUGUCCACUGCCAUGAUACUUAUGGUCAAGCUCUAGCCAACACCUUGGUGGCCCUGCAGAUGGGUGUGAGCGUUGUGGACUCCUCUGUGGCAGGACUUGGAGGCUGUCCCUAUGCAAAAGGGGCAUCAGGGAACUUGGCUACCGAGGACCUGGUCUACAUGCUGACUGGCUUAGGGAUUCACACGGGUGUGAACCUCCAGAAACUUCUAGAAGCCGGGGACUUCAUCUGUCAAGCCCUUAACAGAAAAACCAGUUCCAAAGUGGCACAGGCCACCUGCAAGCUCUGAGACCCUCGUUCGCCUGAACCAGAACGGUGGGCUUUGGGUGUACACGAUGAUUCCUGGAUGAGGAGAUGGAAUGAGAGCAAAUGAGCUGGCAUCACAGAGGUCCCUGUCCCUGACAGAAAGGGCUAGAGCUGCCGGGCCUGGGCCAGCUCCCCAGAGCUGUGCCUAAGCUCUUGCUUGGGAUGGCCCUGGGUGAGUCUGCCUGCCAACAGAGCUGAUGUCCACCGUGCCACGACCACGGGGCCUUUGUUCUACCUCUGAGGACAGAGAGCAGUUUCCCCUUAUGCCAGCAGAGCAUUUGCUGGAAUGGUGGAGGUUGAUCUGCGUCUGUGGUCAUCUGCCAACCCCAGCAUCUCUGGGAAAUCUCCACUCUGUACGUGAUUAUUUUGAAAACAGCUUAUGUAAUUAAAGGUUUAAUUUUCUAAUAUCCAA